AUGGCUCGUCCACAGCCUGCCAUUCGAGGCGCCCUGCGCGGCCUGCGGGCUCGUUCGACUCUAGUUCCUAAUCGGUUCUUCAGUGUGACAGCUCGCUGUCCCGCAGAGAAACCGCAGCAAUCUUUUAAGAGUCAACUAUACGAGAGCACGCAGCAGCGUCUGAAGAGGGAGCGCGCGGAGCAAGAGCGCUUUGCUCAGUACCAGACUCGGUCCUCAACUGGCCAAUAUGCUGCCUCUUUUGCUAACGGAUCCCUUCUUCGCUCAGCGUUGCUCUUCUUCUCCAGCGGCGCAUACUACCUCGGCUCCCUUAAGCCAGACUCCUUCCCCAAGUCCUCAACAUCACCACUCGCGGAUCUCGAGCCGCCAGCGCAUAAUAUCUCUCAGGCCAAUCUGCAGGCCGCCUGGGCCGACUUUGUCGAGGUUCUAGGCAAAGAGAACGUCUCUACCCUACCUGGAGAUCUGGAGUCGCACGCCGGUUCAGACUGGACAUCUUACUCGCGCAAGGACGACGAAAAGCCUUUCCUUAUUCUUUACCCGUCGUCCACGGAGGAGGUGUCGCAAAUCAUGAAGAUCUGUCAUCGGCGAGUCAUUCCAGUGACUCCGUACUCUGGAGGCACCAGUUUAGAAGGCCACUACGCGUCAACCCGCGGCGGAGUCUGCAUCGACUUCCGACGCAUGGACCGUAUUCUGCAGCUGAACAAGGCCGAUUUGGACGUGGUAGUUCAACCAGCGCUCGGCUGGGAGGAUCUGAACGAUGAACUCAAAAAGGAUGGACUUUUCUUCCCCCGGACCCCGCCCGGGAGCUAUGAUUGGUGGCAUGGUAGGAACGGGCUGUUCAGGAACGAAUGCUUAUCGCGCCCGCGCAAGUCCAGUGCCGGAUAUGACCUGACAAGGCUCUUUAUUGGCAGCGAGGGCACUCUCGGUCUUGUGACGGAAGCAACUCUCAAACUGACUGUGAGCCCACAGAGCACAAACGUAGCUGUGGCAACCUUCCCCAGCAUCCAGACGGCUGCCGAGUGUGUUACUGGCGUCGUGGGAGCAGGCAUUCCCGUGGCCGGAGUGGAGAUUCUUGACGAUGUUCAGAUGAAGUGUAUCAACAGUAGCCAGACAACCAGCCGUCAGUGGAAGGAGGCUCCAACAAUCUUCUUCAAGUUCACAGGGACCCCCUCUGCCGUGAAGGAGCAAAUCGGCAUGGUUCAAAAGAUUGCCUCCAAGGCCUCAGGCAAAUCUUUCGAAUUUGCCCGCGGUGAAGAGGAGAUGGCGGAGCUGUGGAGUGCCCGGAAGGAAGCGCUAUGGAGUGUAAUGGCUAUGCGAAGGAGCCCGCAAGACCGUAUCUGGACCACGGACGUCGCGGUGCCAAUGAGUAAACUGCCUGAAAUUAUUGAAGCCACCAAGGAGGACAUGACCAAGAGCGGGCUGCUUGCCGGAAUCUGUGGUCACGUUGGUGAUGGUAACUUCCACGGUACGCUUCAUCUUCAUCACGAUCAGAGGACGCCUAGCUAA